UGUCCCUCAUCCCAGAUCCCCAUCCCGCAUCCUCAUAUCCCACCAUCCUUAUCCUAAAGGUCUUCUAUCCCACCAUCCUUAUCCUAGCAUCCUCAUCCCACCAUCCUUAUCCCAGCGUCCUCAUCCCAGCAUCCCUAUCCCAGCGUCCCCAUCCCAGCAUCCCUAUCCCAGCCGUCCCCUGUCCCAGCAUCCCAUCCCAGCGUCCCAUCCGAGCAUCCCUAUCCCAGCGUCCCCAUCCCAGCAUCCCUAUCCCAAAGGUCCCCAUCCCAGCAUCCCCAUCCCAGCGUCCCCAUCCCACCAUCCCUAUCCCAGCUGAACCCUCAUCCCAGCAUCCCAUCCCAGCGUCCCCAUCCAGCAUCCCCAUCCCAGUGUCCCCAUCCCACCAUCCCCACUCAGCGUCCCUCAUCCACCAUCCCUAUCCUGAAGGUCCCCAUCCCAGCAUCCUUAUCCCAGCGUCCUCAUCCUAG